AAAUUUUGUUUUUCUAAUAUUCUUAUUUAUUUUUUUGUUUUUGUCAUAUACAACUGAAGCACAUUUUGUAAGUUAAAUUAAAUUUAUUUUAUUUAACUUCUUAAAGGGAUGUAAUUGUCAAUAUCCAAAUAAUCAGUAUGUUCCUUGGUAUUUAUCUGGUAAUGUUGAAAAUAGAUUGACAUUUCUUGAAAGACAAACAAAUCAAAAAAUAAAUAUGCUUAUAGCUAGAAUUGAGGCCUUGGAGAGAGAGUUGGGACUGGUUCAUAGAAUUUCCAUGCAAGAAUGGAAUAAUUCUGGAGCAGGAAAUAUAUACAAAAUUUUCAAUACUUCGAAAACAUGGGAAGAAGCAAAGAAUACUUGUAUGACUUUUGGCGCAAGAUUGGCUUCAAUAGAUUCUGACUACAAAAAUGCUUUUGUUCGAAAUAUGAUUGAACGUAGUUUUGGGAAGGAUGAAAGUGCGGAGGUUUGGAUUGGUUUAAAAACUAGAGCAGAAUUAACAAACAAUCCAAAUUCACAUUUUACUAAUUUUGGAGAGGAAGAAAAAAUUGAUGGAUGUGCUGUUAUGGGAAUAAAAGGAAAAUGGAAAAUUCGUUCUUGUAGUAAUUUGAAACCCUUUGUUUGUGAACAGAUUUUAAUGUGA